AUGGAGAUGGAGGCUCAGGAGGGGCAUCAGCCUACAGGUGCUGUGAAAGCAAUUCCUACAAAUGCUUUAAUGGAAAAGUUGCGUCUAAAAUAUGAACAAAAACCAUGGGCUGAAACUCUGAAACUUGUCCAUUUUUGCAUGGAUAAACCACCGCGACGACCUGUCAGUAACCCUGCRGAUGGUCCACUGCUCUCUUGUAUGGAGAAGAUACGGAGGACACUGAACGCUAAAUCUUUGUUUUCUGUGAUGAGCAGAUUGGAAUCUUUAUCCAAACAAAAAGGGCUGAACUCUCACGUGAGCCCUAGUGGAACUGCCUGCUACAUAACAUCAGACAUGUUUUAUAUAGAAGUCCAGCUAGAGAAGGAUGGGAAGGUGAUGGAUGUAAAGCUGGCUCACCUUGGAGAGGCUCCUGUGGAUGAAGGACUAUAAUGCCUUUGGAAAGAUUCUAGAAGACCUGUCGAAUAUAUAUCAGAUUC